AUUGUUGCGUAAAUAUAUCAAUAUUUGCCCGCAGUUAUCGUGCUUCCAACACCACUGUCAGCAGAUUGAUCAUUGAUCAACUCACAGUCAACUGUGCCAAAUUAAUUUAAAAUUAAUAAUUUUUGAAUGACAGAUUGUGUCAUUAUGGCAAGUAUAUUUAAAAUGUUAUCUGAUUACCAAAAUAUUAACUUUUACAAUAAAUUACCAAAAAUUACCUCUCAAUCUCAUGAAAAUAUUACCAAAAAUCUCAUGAAAUAUUACCAAAAGGCAAGAAAUAAUUAAAACUACUGAUAACACAACAUGCGCUCCCGCAGUUUUGCAUUUACCUCACCAGCUGACCAGCGGGGCGAGAUUUGUUGUUUUUUUUAGGUCAUUUGAUAUGUAUUAUCGUUGUUUUCAGUCGUAACACAUGCCAUUAUGGUAACUGUAUACUUUAUUGUACAGACACAGUCAACGCACAACUGGUACCAUUGUGAAACGCUAAAGUAUCAUAGAAGAAUAUUGAGUACUGAUCAUAUUGAUGCAUUUCAUGAGAUUGUUCAUUUGAGUUUACUAGAAAAAGACGAUUAUAAUUCUAAACUACGAAAUGGCCACUGCGAUUAAUAAUGUUUUUGUGAAGAUUGGCGAAUUUCGUCAAUAUCAAUGGUUUUUAUUGACCUUGUUGGGAUACGCAAUAAUGGCGAUUUCUGCUCUACCUACAAUGAUAGUGUCGUUCAUCACUGCCGAACCUGAAUGGAAAUGUGUUGAAGGUUAUAAGAAUAAUACCGUGUGUAGAUUUAACAACACAAUAACGUUAACCAGUGAUGAUUACAAAGCCAGAUGUAAAAUGCCGAGGGAAGCUUGGACGUUUGUAGAUGACUUCACUUCUGUAGUUACCGAGUACGACUUAGUUUGUGAUGACUCAAUUCUUCUCUCCAUCGCUCAAUCCUGUUACUGGGUUGGAAUGUUAAUUGCGUUAUUGGUCGGUGGUUUUCUAUCAGAUAAAUAUGGCAGAAGAUUAGUUUUGUAUGGUGGUUGUGCUCUUGUAGCCAUCGCGACUUGCAUAAUGGUCUUUCCAAAGGCGUUUGUGGUAUUCAUUGUUUGCCGAGUCCUAAUUGGUAUAGGUUCAGGGUUCCGAAAUGCUACUAGUUUCACCUUGCUUGUCGAAUUCACAACUGAAAGAUAUCGUUCAUGGAUGGGUAUCGGUUCUUUCAUAUUUUGGGCAGUUGGAAUAUCAGUAAUGCCUUUGAUUGGGUUUUUAAUCCCUGCGUGGAGAAUGUUUCUGCUUGCCACAGCAGUUAUUGCCAUCCCCAUACUGUUUGUAUAUUGGUAGGUUUUGUGAAAGACGUUAAUUAAGUUUAAUAAUUUCUGCUCAGUCUUUCAAGAAUCAUAGGCGUACGGGCGCAACUUCGUUUGGGGGAGGGGCAAAAAAAAUCGUCCGAAUUUUUGAAUUAUACAAUGUGCCCGAAUUAUAACUUUUACCAGAUUUGUAACAACAGAUUUGGCGAAGCAGCGCAUGUGCUUUUAAGAAAGUGUAACAAAAAUAGCGAAAUAGAAUACAAAUAUGUUAUAUAUAUUACAAAAUUUGGUUUUAAAAAUUUUAGCUAUGUAAGUUAGCUUUCAGUUUGCCCGAAGUUUCGGCUGAACUUUGCCCGAAUUUCUUGAUUCUCAAAAUUGCCCCCCCCCCUGUCUCGUACGCCUAUGUCAAGAAUGCUUGUUUAUUACGACGCACCUAGUCAACUUGAUCACAUGCGUUUAAUAAUACGCUUGUGGAUAGGCAAACAUGCAAUGAUGUUUUGUGUUUUAUUGCAUGUGAGCGUCUAAGUUUCAAGCCUCGAAAAGCUAAAUAGAAAACAGGAUAUAGCUCUUUUACGGCAGGCCUGGCCUCACGGCUUUCCACCUCCAUUUUUAAGUAAGGUCUGGCUACCUCCCUGGUUUUGUCAGAUAUGAUUAAAUUUAAAUGCGUUAGUUCGACAAAUUUAAAUAUCCCAUGCACCUUUACUUUAGCAGAAAUAAUUUUAUUGUAUUCAUACACAAUUCCAAGUCAAAAUUGCCUUCCUACCGUACCUAUAAAAAGAUAUAUUUUCAGUUAGCAACCAAAUAUUGCAGUUUUACUAAUGUUAUAGUAGGCUCUCUCCUAAAAUACGCUUUUUUGCCACGAUGGAAUAUUAUAAUGCAAUUGUCGAAAUCGGUAACACGGCACAAACGUCCAUGCAACGCUAUAAUUAUUGCAACAUGCCAACAUUCGCUCUGCAUGAAAUUGUACUACGAAAAUGAGUACCACAAUUUGUUUUAAACAAUAUAUAUACUGAAUCAUGUUUCCGAGGUGUAUACGAUUGAAACAGUUUUUUACUCUGAGAAGAGCGAUUCAAAAUUUAUUUUGGAUACCUUAUAGCGCGCGUUGUUCAUUAUUUAUGAUUCUUAUGCAUUCGAUAUAGUAUCGGUCCUUUUAUCGCCAUUAUGAUUUAUGACAAGUAACGGCUAAGAAGUCAAAUCACGCAAAUACGUGGCGAGUUUAUUUUAUUU